AUGACUGCUCUUACUGUUUUGUAUGUAUUUCUCUGUAUUGGUGGGACUUUUGCAGAUAAGGUUUUACCAGAAAAAGAACCCUCUGUGGACCAAACCUUAUUGUCAAGUACUACUGAUGGAAAACUCUCCGGCGUUUUACGAAACGUUUUAAACCAAGAAAGUUUAGUUCGCUUCUCAAUGGCACAGAAAUUUCAGACAUUGGUUCUGGACGUCCUGGAUAACCAAAACAGCAGUAGAAGUCUGCAGAGGAAGGUCGUCAACAUAGCUAAAGAGUUAAAGGCUCUGGAAACAAGGGACCAGAUGCUAGAAGAGGAAAACUUGAAACUCAAAGAAGAAUUAAAGAUGAUGAACGAGUCCUUGAAGAAUAACCGGAGUCAAAUAAUGGAAGAAAUGCUCGAUGAAUUCGACACACGCCUCAAAAUGGUUGAAGAAAAAAUGAUUAACUUCUCAACUCAACAUACGCCAGAUACAAGGAGGAAAGUGUAUUUUUCAGCUGGAAUUUCAAAAGAAAAAGGGUACUCCGCUAAAGUGAAUGGCAACAACGUGAUUUUAUUCCAAAAAGUAAUUUCGAACGAAGGAGGGGCAUAUAAUCCUUCUACGGGAGUGUUUUCAGCACCGGUGAGCGGAGUUUAUGUGUUCAGCUGCUUCAUUCUGAAAGAUAAAACGACUAACUUUGUGUAUUUAGAAGUCAAUGGUUUAAAAAAAUUCAGUAUUGUUAGCCACUCUCCUUCCGGCAGUAGAGAUGGUUUGGAAAGUGCUGGAAAUCUUGCUGUUUUGAAUCUACAGCAGGGUGACAGGGUCAUAAUGACAAGCACAGUUGAGAGUAAUCUACGAUCUGCAUCAGAAGCGCCAUCCACCACCUUUUCUGGGUUUCUAUUGUACUAA